AUGACAACCAAAGAAUUUAAUUCAAUACUUGAAGCUUUAGAAUCAGGUGCAAAAGAUGCUAUAGAUUCAAAAGAUUACUUAUCAUAUUCUACAUUAUUAGAUGUUUAUUUAAAUGAAGUUGAAAAAUAUUCAAAUGAAGAAAAAGAAGAAUUAUUAAGUCAUUUACUUAAAAUAUUAAAUGAAAAUGAAUUAUUAACAUAUGAAAUUGGUUGGGAUAUUCCUCAAUUGCUUUUACUUUAUAUUGAAUCAGAUUAUAAAUUUGAAGGUGCAUUAAAACAAGCUCCUUGUGUUUAUAAAGUUAUGAAAAUUUUUGAAGUUUUAUCAUUAAAGGGCAAUGCUAAAGAAUUAUUUUUGAAAAGUUGUGAAAUUUUAAGUAAUUUAGACAUGAAGAGUGCUGAAGAAGAAAAUUGGUUUGAAGUAAAGUUUUAUUGCAUAUUUGAAUUAAUUGACUCAAGUUUAAAAAGAAUUCAAACUUUGUAUCCGUCAAGAUUUUUAUCAUUAACUAUAAGUUCAUUUAUUAAUAUGGUUUAUAAAUUGGUUAAAAAAGAUGUGACUAGAGGCAAUAGUCAUUUCAUUAUGAGAAGAGCUUAUAGUUUUGCAAGAGGUUAUCGUAGUUUACCAUUGCCAAAAAAUGAUUCUUCAAAAGAAGAACUUGAUAAAAUUAAAGAAGAUGAAAAUUAUCUACAAAGAAAAUUAUUAACAAGUUUUAUAACUCAAGUAGUUUAUUUGUUUGGUAUACAUUCAACUGAAGGUUUUUCAAUUGAGCAAUUUGUAUUUUUGCAAUCAAAUCAAGAGCAAGAAGAAGAAUAUGAUGGUAUAUUAAACAGGUUAGCUGAAUUAUCAUUGCUGUUUGAUAUAUAUCUUGAAAAGAUUUUCAAACAAUUUUUAAUUGAUUCACAUGUAAUUUUUAAUAAGUUUGAUUAUGAAAAUGAGGAUAUAAGUUCUGAAAUUUUUGAAAAAGUUGUUAUUGAUUAUCAAUCUAAUAUAUUGACUUCGUUGACCGAUAGUGAUGCAAAGCAAAUCAAUGAUGCGGUUCUUGGAGAAUUAUAUAUGUUUACAAGUCAAAUUUCAACUUCCAAAAAUUACGAUUCACCGAAUGUUACAUUCAACGAUGCUUUAGUAUUGAGUUUAAGAUUACUAAUCCCACAAAUGGUUAACUCAACAUUUCAUCAUUUGGCUACACAGGAUUUAUGUAUAUUCUGGGCGUGGUUUGCUAUACAUCAAUCAAGUUUACAAAAUAAAAAAUUGGAAUUAGAGUUGUCUCGUAUACCGAAAAUUUUAUUAACUACAUAUUAUCAAUUGAUAUUAUUUGUAUUAAAUCAAUGUGAAAGAAGACCAAAUUGUAGGUAUAUUUUAUUAACUUUAAUGACCAAAUUAUUAAUAUUAUCACCUGAAAAUAUUGGUUAUGAGUUUAUAAAAGAUACAUUGGAGAAUUGUCCUUACGAAAGCGUUAAAGCUGCAUUAAUAGGUGUAUACAAGGUAUUAUUACUCAAGGAUAAAGAAGUUGAUGUAUCAAAAUUGAGUUUAGAUUUACCAAAAAGAGAUCAACCAAAAUCAGAUAAAUAUUACACUUUAACUGAAGAAAGAUUGAAUGAUUUAUUAGAACAUCUUUUGGUAACUCAAUCUGAUACAUUUAUUGAAGAUGCUAUUAAUCCUUCAAAAUUCUCAACUUUAGCUGCUUAUUUAAAUUUAUUUGUUGGACUUAAACGUGAACCAAUGAUAAUUGAAAAUAAAUCCAAAAUUAAUAAAGUUUUUAAUUCAGUUUCAAAAAAUAUUCAAUCAAUUAAAGGAAAAGAAAACAAAGAAAAUCAAUUUGAACAAAAUGCUGCUGGUAUGCUAGAAUUAACUAUUGAAAGAUUUAAAGAAUAA